UUCUCUUCAGUAGCUUCUGGCAUCUAAUUAUGGGCUCAAACAGAAUGUGCCUAGACCACCUCUCUAUGACCGCUGUGACCUUUCUGCUCCUUUUUGCUGGAUUUGAGUUGACCAUUGCAGUGACAACCUUGCAGAGUUUUCGUGGAUGUGCAGUGGGUGAUUUCAAUUUUGUGGCACAGAAGCCUGGCUGCAGGAGUCUGCUUAUAAACACAGAGGCAUGCUGGGGUCGCUGCCACACCUGGGAGAAGCUGGUUCUGGAGCCGCCGUAUAUCCAAAGGCACCACCAUGUCUGCACGUACAGCCGCACACGCCACAUGACAGCCCGUUUACCAGGUUGUCGCCCUGACGUAUCCCCGCUCUAUCAUUACCCUCAGGCCUUGCAAUGUGACUGCACCUACUGCUCCUCAAAACACACAGAGUGCGAGACCUUUUGAGGACACUCACACACACACACACACACACACACACACAUUCAGCUCAUUCACAUGGUAAUGCUCUCGCUCAGCCGAGAUUACUACG